CAGUCAUCGCAGUGUUUGCAAAUAUUGGGUGGGCUCCUGAGCAAGUUAUCUUCUCGAGAGAGCCGCAGGAAUUCGAAAGCCAGGACCGGUCGCGUCGAGCCGAAUUUAUUUUGGGGAUUUUUUGCCUUGCAAAAAAAAAGGAAAAAAGAAAAAUCCUUUCUAUAUUGCUGUGCAAUUAAACUUUGCAUGAAACUUUUGCUCUUUUUUUUUUUUUUUGGGAAAACAAAACAAAAACCAUGUGUUCCCUGUUCAUCUGAAUCCCGGAUUUGAAUAUAUGUCUAUACCUAGAGACACGCCGUCUUUCGCUGUUUGUGGCGGACGCUGCUGCUUCUCUCGCUCGCUCGCGCUCGGAGGAGGAAGUGGGUCUGUGUAAAUACGCUCGGUCGUCUCGCUGUCACCGUCACCUGCCACUCUCGCCGGCCGCAGCCAGAGGACAAACUCCGUUGAUGAUUGCCAAUUUGUUAAAAACAAAAGACCGAGCCAGCUUGCCGGCGGACGCUUGACUUUGGCGGAGGGGGCUUGACUCUGUUGCUGGUGUCAUUGGCAUUGUGUAUCCGUGGGGGUGCAACUUCCCAAAGACAUGGAUGUUCUCCCGAUGUGUAGCAUCUUCCAGGAACUGCAAAUUGUGCACGACACUGGGUAUUUCUCCGCUUUGCCAUCUCUGGAGGAAUAUUGGCAACAGACUUGCUUAGAGCUGGAGCGGUAUCUUCAGAGCGAGCCCUGCUAUGUAUCUGCUUCUGAAAUAAAAUUUGACAGUCAAGAGGAUCUGUGGACCAAAAUUAUUCUGGCACGUGAGAAGAAGGAGGAAUCUGAACAGAAGAUCGCCUGCCUUGCAAAGGAGGACCACACUAGUAGCCCGAGUUUAGAGACUAACAGCUUGAAUUCUGAUCUCAGCAGCGAAUCUUCAGACAGUUCCGAGGAACUUUCGCCUACGACUAAGUUUACCUCUGAUCCCAUCAGUGAUGUUUUAGGCUUAGCCAGUACAGGAAACUUGAGCUCGUCGGUGACUUCUACGCCCCCUUCUUCUCCUGAGUUGGUCAAGGAACCAUCUUCUCAACCAUGGAAUUGUGCGCCGGGUGAAUUGCAUUCACCAGGCAAAAUUCGUACUGGUACUGGUGGAAAGACUUCAGAAAAGGGUACUCCGGUCAACGGCGACGCCUCUCCGGAUGGGAGAAGGCGGAUCCACAGGUGUCAAUUCAAUGGGUGCAGGAAGGUUUACACCAAAAGUUCACAUCUUAAAGCACAUCAGCGAACUCAUACAGGAGAAAAGCCUUACAGGUGUUCGUGGGAAGGGUGCGAGUGGCGUUUUGCAAGGAGCGAUGAGUUAACCAGACACUUCAGAAAGCACACGGGUGCCAAGCCUUUUAAAUGUAAUCACUGUGACAGGUGUUUCUCCAGGUCCGAUCAUCUGGCCCUUCACAUGAAGAGGCACCUCUGAAUGGGUGAAGAGGUCGAAUCCUGUGCGCUAAGAGGCUUCAAGGUUUGAGCAGCCUUGAAAGAAGGGGAUGCGUGUUCCAGCCAAAGCAUGCCAUUUUUGCACCCUAACCCAGUUGCCUCCAGGGCCUCUCUUCCUUGGAAGGUCUUCAGAGGGCUAAAAAAACCAAGUCAUGUUAAGAAACGGCAUAGCGACCGCACGGUGUGGGUGUGUGAUGUUUAGGUCUCCUGGACUCAUGCACUGGUACCCGACCUUCUGAGUGGCUUCUACGCCUUCCGCCGUGAGCACGUGCACUGAGAAUGUUAAUGAUUGGACGGGCUGUAUGUUACUAAGGAUCUACUGGGCAACUGUAUGCUGAGGCACAUUAAUUUCUGUUUGGUUUCUUUUUGUUUGUCCCUUGUGGUUGUUUUCAUAACCGUAAGAGAGGAAAGGUCAGCUGAAUGGGGGGGACUUUUAUUUUCGUUUGCAUAAGUGAGGAAGUAUACCGCAAGUCACCGGUCAGUUUCCAAGGGGUGGGGAGGGGAAGGAGUGUCUGCACCUUUUUUAGCGUAAAGGGGGGGGAGUCGAAUGUGAGGGGGAAGAAAAGUCAGGACACCAGAGUGAAGGGAGGGGCCCCUGUCCUGCGUGAGAGGAGCUUUUGGUGUCUGGUCCAGCUAUUAAAUGUGCAAUGUGUCAAGUAGCUUGGUUUUACUUGCUACAGAGCUCAUUUGUAAUCCAUUGUAUAAGCUGUGUAUUUACAAUAUAACACAACCUAUAACUUUUCAUUAUAAUACAAAGGUUAUUGCAUGGUUCUGGGGAACUAUAUGCUUUUUCCAUUAUUUUUUUUUAAAUCAGGACUGCAAUUUUUGUCCCCCCCCCCCCAAUUCCAGUUAAAAGCUGCUACGACACAAUUCGUUUCAUGUUACGUAACAUACAGAAUCUGAUUAUUAUUUUUUACAA